AUUUAGGAGGAGAAAUUCCCAGCCUAGCACCCAGUCAAAGGGUCCAAGGUAGAGAGAAAUUGGGGUUCCAUGACUCCACAUUCCAUGAAAUGCAACUCCUCAAAGCCAUGUUGUCCACCACACUAAGGUGUGCCUACUGCUCACCUGCGUCGACUCUUAGGCUAAAAAAGAAGCUCUUCUCUUCUUCUUCUUCUUCUUCUUGUUUGAAGCAUCCACAAUGGUCUGGUCUACAAAACUGGAGAGAGAACCCAGUCAACCACAACCGUUUCUGGGGACCCUCCGGUCCCCAAUCACUGGCACUUUCAGGAAUUGAUGAAUUAGAUGAUGGCCCAAUGGCAUUGAGUUCUUCUCUAACAGAGAUGGGUGCUUUGGUUCUCAACACUGCUGACCCUCUAACCAAAUCGAAGCUCUCUCACAUGGCUUACUCUCUCUGGCGCCGACAAAAUUUGCCAAUCGGGGUUUCUCAACCGCCCCAUCGUCCUGCUCGCUCUCCUAAACCUCAGCUGGUUUCCCCAAAGGAAAUUCCAGCUCCCAAAAACUCGGGUUUGCCUCUCAAUGCUUAUAUGCUCCAUAAUCUUGCUCAUGUGGAGCUGAAUGCUAUUGAUUUGGCAUGGGAUACUGUUGUGCGAUUUUCGCCACACUCUGAGCUUCUUGGAGAGGGCUUUUUUGCUGAUUUUGCUCAUGUCGCUGAUGAUGAGAGUCGCCAUUUUGCUUGGUGUUCACAGAGAUUGGCUGAGCUUGGUUUCAGUUAUGGAGACAUGCCAGCUCAUAAUCUUCUUUGGAGGGAAUGUGAGAAAUCAUCACACAAUGUUGCUGCACGUUUGGCUGCAAUUCCACUUGUUCAG